AUGGCCCCCAAGAAAGACUUGAAGAAGGAAGCUGCAAAGGCAGCACCUGCCCCCCCUCCUGAACCAGAGCCCCCCAAGGAACCAGUCUUUGACCCCAAGAGCGUGAUGAUUGACUUCAGUGCGGACCAGAUUGAAGAGUUCAAGGAGGCUUUUGCCCUUUUCGACAGGACUCCAUCCUGUGAGAUGAAGAUUACUUAUGGACAGUGUGGUGAUGUCUUACGUGCCUUAGGACAGAACCCCACUAAUUCUGAGGUCAUGAAAGUUCUUGGCAAACCCAAACCGGAAGAGAUGAAUCAGAAGAUGUUGGACUUUGAGACCUUCCUCCCCAUGUUGCAGCACAUCUCCAGGAACAAGGACUUGGGCACGUACGAGGACUUUGUAGAAGGUUUGAAAGUCUUUGACAAGGAAGGAAAUGGCACAGUCAUGGGAGCCGAGCUUCGCCACGUGUUAGCUACACUGGGUGAGAAGAUGACAGAAAAUGAAGUGGAGCAGCUAAUGAUCGGUCAAGAGGAUUCGAAUGGAUGUGUCAAUUAUGAAGCUUUUGCGAAACACAUCUUAUCAGGAUGAAAAGUUCCACACCGAGUGUGAACAGUGCAGUUGCCAAUGAACACAUAACCAGAAGCAGUCAAAUCUUUACAUCAACAACCUUUCCUGAUUCCACACUGAUGUCACUCAGCGAGUGAGAAGCCAUUGUGUGUCAUUGGGAAGACCUACUCAGUCCUGACAUUAGCACUGA